GAUGUUAUGCAUUUCUACGAUAAAAUGUUCAAUCAGGAACAAAACAACAACGUUCCAGUCGUCUUGGACGUCAUUCCGCCCCAUUACAACAUCCAUCAUGGGAGCUCCACGCCGCCACAGUCGCCCAACAGCCAACAAUACAGCAAAGAUUGCUCGAGUCCGACUCCUAGCGAAAAAAUCAACUCUACGGCCACACCAACUGUCAGUGUUAAUGAUCAAAAUAUUAGAAGGUAUCGAACGGCCUUCACGAGGGAACAGUUAGCCAGACUGGAAAAGGAGUUCUUCAAGGAAAAUUAUGUGUCCAGACCCAGGAGGUGCGAACUUGCAAACCAGCUGAACCUCCCAGAAAGCACCAUCAAGGUGUGGUUCCAAAAUCGACGCAUGAAAGACAAGCGCCAGCGCAUGGCCAUCGCCUGGCCGUACGCCGCCGUCUACACCGACCCCGCGUUCGCCGCCUCUAUCUUCCACGCCGCCGCCACCAGCCUGCCGCUCCACUAUCCGCCGCCGCCGCCGGUCUACACGCACCACUACGCUCGGUACCACUCCUACCCCAAUUUCGCCGUGCCGCCAGGCGGCAUUCCGCUGCAAAACCCGGCGCUCAACCUGACGCCCUCGAACGUGGGUCCGCUUCCCGGGGGUCUGCCCCAGAACGCCCAGCUGCCGCUAAACUUGGGCCUGGACUUUCCCUACCCCACGAAGUUCGAACCCUCCACGAAGGUUUCGCCCAGGAGUUCGCCUGUGCAUUCUGAUCCGAGUUUGAGUCCCGACGUUCACCACGAGCCGCUGCUGAUCACCGCUGAGAAGCUGUCGCCGCCCCCACAGACUAAGAUGGCGCAGCAGCCGAAGUUGUUCAAGCCGUAUAAGUCGGAGGUGUAA